UCCACUUUACUCACCCACUUUAACAAAAAGCAAAACUCACUCCCAAUACAAAAUAAAUCUAAACCACCUAAAUCCAAAUCCAACGGCCCAAAUCCUCCAAAACCCUCUCUAAAUUAUAAUAAAAAACCUAAUUUCAUUUUCUCAUCAAAAAUUUCCUAAUUUAUUUAUUUAUUCAAUUCCCUCAAAAAAAAGAAAAAAUCCCUAAAAAAAACUUCAAUCUCUCUCUAAUGGAACCGAAUGAACAAAGCGGACUAACCUCUUACUACCACCCACAUCAACACCCUCACCCACAACAACACCAACAUCAACAACAACCCUCCUCCACUCUCUCUCCUCCACACACCACUUCCUCCGCUGCCACUAACGCCGGUGGGAAUUCACCCGCCACCAAUGGAAUGUCCGAUGGCACCGCUGGCGCACUUUAUCCGCAAACAUUAGCCGGAAAAGCGCCAGCGACGUCGGAGCCUCAGCGGCGCAAAAGAGGACGGCCAAGAAAAUACGGAACCCCUGAGGCGGCUGCCGCCGCAAAGAGAGCGGCGGUUCCUUCAAUUAAGCGGAAAGAACAACCCCACCACUUUAUCCCUGGGUCUUCUUCUCACUCCUCAUCUGCUUCUUCUAAAAAAUCUAAUUUUGUUUCUCUGGGUGGUCAGGGUUUUACUCCUCAUGUCAUCAAUGUGGCUGCUGGAGAGGAUGUUGGCCAGAAAAUUAUGUUAUUCAUGCAACAAACAAGACGGGAAUUAUGCAUCUUGUCUGCUUCUGGUUCAAUCUCCAAUGCAUCUCUUCGACAGCCAGCCAUAUCUGGAGGCAGUAUUGCGUAUGAGGGACGUUAUGACAUCAUUUCGCUUACUGGAUCUUUUGUGCGCUCAGAUAUUGGAGUAAAGGCAGGUGGCCUUAGUGCAUGCCUUUCCUCUACAAACGGACAAAUUGUUGGAGGGGGUGUAGGUGGUCCUCUAAUCGCUGCAGGCCCUGUGGAGGUUAUUGUAGCUACCUUUCUGAUGGACCCCAAGAAAGAUUCUAGUACUGUCUUCAAAGGGGACAUGUCUACAAGUACAAUGCCAUCACCAGUUUCAGCAUCAACUGCAGUUUACAGACCCGUAGUUGAAUCUUCCGGAGGAUUUACAGUGGCCACUGAUCAGAAUAUGGAUGGAAGUCCUUUUAUGAUGCAAAAUCAGUGGAGAAGUGGAAUUAGUUAUGAUUUGGGAGGAAAUACUGGCCACAGCUCACAUGAUUCGCCUGAAAAUGGAGAUUAUGAGCAGAUGCCCGACUAGAUGAUGUUGGCUUUAUUUGGUUACCAGUCAUUUUAAUCACAGGCUUUUCCCAUUGUUCAUGAGUUGCUUUAUUAGGUUAAGUUAGAUAUAUAUUUCCUAUUCAUAUGGACUACAGUUAGAGAUACAUGUACAGCUGACUUACAGUCUUUCACUCCUUUUACUCUUGAUUUCUGAAGAAGCUCACGUUCCAGAGCUUUGACCUUGACAUUAGCGAUUUGUUAUGCCAUUCACAUUUUUAUGCCUGUGCAUUUUUCCAUAUAUGCAAGACGAUCCUUUGUUUUUUUUCA